GUCGUCGCCCUUUGCAUCUGCAAACACAAGCAUCUCUGUUCAUUGUAUUUUUACCAUCAUUUUUAUCCUAACGACAUAAUAUGGAGCUCAUCUGCUUGGAUCUUAUUGUUGCACUUAUUAUUGGACUUCUAACAGGAGAGGUUUUAAGUACAGGAGAGGUGAUUUAUGCUGUUAAUAAUGGCGGCCCUGCACACACGGAUUUGAACGGCGUUCACUACCAAGCCGACCAACUUACCAUCGGAGUCCCUUCAGAUUAUGGCAAAAUGCUUACAAUAGGAAGAGUUGCUCCUCCAGAUCAAAUCCUUUACCAAACAGAACGAUAUCAUUUGUCUAAUUUUGGCUACACAAUACCGAUCAAAGACAAUGGAGAAUAUGUUUUAGUCUUGAAGUUUUGCGAGGUAUAUUUCCAAGCGCCGCGUCUCAAGGUGUUCGAUGUUUCAAUAAACUCUCAUCCAGUCAUCCAAGGUUUAGAUAUUUAUGAAAAAGUAGGCAGAGCAGUAGCCCAUGAUGAAUAUAUUGCUUUUACUAUCAAAGACAAUCAGCUUCUGAUUAAUGAACAUGCUCUUCCAUUUACUGGAUCUAUUUAUGUGGAAUUCAUCAAGGGAGUAUAUGAUAAUCCAAAGAUCAACGCCCUGGUUGUUAUGAAAGGCACACUAGAAGAUGUUCCAAAGCUACCAGCACUUCCCAGCCCUCAGGAUGAAGAAGAUGAAAAAGAGGAUUCUGAGGAAAGCCAGAAAUCUGACCAACCCAAAAAACCCAGGAAAACAUCAGGCCCAAAAUCAAUUGACCCAUAUGCAAAUGAUGAUAGCAGUAUGCUAAUCCCUAUUUGUGUGGCUAUUGGAGUUUUUCUACCUACAUUGUUUUGUUUGUGUAGACUUUAGAAUUUGAUAUGUGGAAAAAUAAUAGGUUUUCAGAAUAUAAAUUGUAUAAUUAUUUAGUCUACUUGUGUUCGUUAUUUCUUUUUACUGCUUCUUUUUCUGUUUUACAGUAAACAAAUUCUUCAAAACUUACAGCUAAGAGUUGUGGUUUGCUAUAAAUAGGAUUUUUUAAAGCAAAUUUUAGGUUAAUACUGUUGUAUUUGUUCAUUUUGUUGAAGAGUUUUUAAUACCAAAAUCAAAUUCUCUUGAAAAAGUACAGAUCUAGUUAUAUUAUAUCCUGCACUCAAAAUGUCUGAUUUCCACAUUGCAAAAUACAAGAUAUUACACACAAUGUAUUUACAUUGGAACUGUUUAAAAAGUAAAACUAAAAUAUUAAAUCAAUAGGAAUAUUUUUGAAUUAUACUAAAAGUUUUUUUUUGUACUCUGAUUUGUGUUAAUUUGAUAGUGUGUUAUAAAAAAGCAUAAUAUUUGUAACAAAUAUUUCACUUUAUAGUAAUUUCUAUUUAUUGCAUUGUCCUCAAGGCUAUGAAAUGUUUGAUUUAGUCAAUAAAAUUGCACUUCAAAAUUAUAAAAUGUACUCCCUCACCAUCAGCAGCACGACUAAAAUAAAACAUGAAUGCAA